UAAAAAGGUUUGGUGGGUCGUCUCUCCUAAAGACGGUUCUUCCUGAGCUUCCAGUAGAAAGCGACUGCCCCAACGCAUAUGACCCAAGAGCAAGCAUUUGUCCCCAUUUCUCUUUAUUUAUUAUCCUCUCUCCUCUUCUCUUCCAUUCUUCUCUGCCCAAGAACACCGACAUUUUCCAAUAAAGAUUCUAUCUUUUCAUCAAUUUUGCUCUUCUUAUUAAAAAUACUGUAUAUAUAUUCAAGAUUGGAUUUUGGGAUUGAAGCAUUUUGGUUCUUUUUGGUGGGUUUUGAAGUAUUUAGUCUCGAAUUUUGAUGGGUAUUGCUCCAAAUUAGCCAAUUUUGAUUUCUGGGUUUGUUUUUUUGAGUGGGAGAAAAAAAAAUGAAACUGGAAGAAAUUAAAUUGGAAAAGAAAAUGUCUUGGAAAAGCAGAGGAUUUGAUUCAGCUCCAAAAAGUUUGAUUUCUCGGAAAUUAACACUUCUACUUUGUAUUGGUUGUUUUUGCGCUGGGAUGCUAUUCACCAGCAGGAUGUCAACAGAACCUGAAGAAAAAGGGUUAUUUCGACGAGCAACAAUGGAAGACGGAAGACAGAAUUUAAUCAAGGAGGAUUGUGAUCAGAAAACGAAGGAUGGGAAAAAUGGGCCUAGAAGUAUACUCGGUGAAGUUUCAAAGACGCAUCAUGCUGUACAAACCCUAGAUAAGACAAUUUCAAAUCUAGAGAUGGAGUUAGCUGCCGCAAGGGCUACACAGGAAUCUAUAAUGGAUGGAGCUCCUUCAUCUGAAUCUACUAGCAAAAAGAGAUAUCUAAUGGUAGUUGGAAUCAACACUGCUUUUAGCAGUAGAAAGAGAAGAGAUUCAGUUCGCGCAACAUGGAUGCCUCAAGGAGAAAAAAGAAAGAAGUUGGAAGAAGAGAAGGGAAUCAUAAUGCGAUUUGUCAUAGGUCACAGUGCUACAGCAGGAGGUAUUCUAGAUAAAGCUGUUGAGGCAGAGGAUCAAAAGCAUGGAGACUUCUUAAGGCUGGAACAUGUUGAAGGGUAUCUAGAAUUGUCAGCGAAGACAAAAAUAUAUUUUGCCACUGCAGUAGCUAUGUGGGAUGCUGACUUCUAUGUUAAGGUUGAUGACGAUGUACAUGUAAAUAUAGCAACUUUAGGAACAACCUUAGUUAGGCAUCGUUCAAAGCCUCGGGUGUACUUAGGAUGUAUGAAAUCUGGCCCCGUCCUCGCUCAAAAGGGAGUGAGGUACCAUGAGCCAGAGCAUUGGAAGUUCGGAGAUGAUGGAAACAGAUACUUCCGUCAUGCUACAGGGCAACUGUAUGCCAUUUCAAAAGAUUUAGCAAAUUAUAUAGCCAUCAAUCAGCAUGUGCUACACAAGUAUGCCAAUGAGGAUGUCUCAUUGGGUGCUUGGUUUAUUGGCUUGGAUGUAGAGCACAUUGAUGAUCGCAGAUUAUGUUGUGGCACUCAUCCUGAUUGUGAGUGGAAAGCUCAAGCAGGCAAUGUCUGUGUUGCAUCAUUCGACUGGACAUGCAGCGGAGUUUGCAGGUCAGUUGAGAGGAUGAAAGAGGUCCACCGGCGGUGUGGAGAAGGAGAGAAUGCCUUGUGGAGUGCCACUUUCUGAUUAUACGACGAUAAGAUUCUUCCAACCUCAGGAGGAUUUUGAUCAAGUGUUUUUAGUAGAUUGAUCAAUGUAGCUAAUACCACUGUAUGUAGAUUUUGAAGAUGUGUAAAGUGAGUGCGAGAGAUGUUACAGAGAGAAGCAGAUAGCAAGAGGGAGGGAGGGAGAGCGAGAGCGAGAGAGGAUGUUAUAGAGUAGGAUUCUGAUCUGCUCUCCAUUUUAUAGAUUAGGAGAGAAGCAGAGAGAGUUCUUUUGGAUGAACACAGAAAGAAGCGAGAGGGUUGCUUCUUGCAAGCCCCCAAUAUUCUUUAAAUGCUGAUAGUAACACAAUAAGUAUCCCUUAUAUCCUUAAUAAAGCAUUUUUUUUUCUCUUUGCAAAAA